CGCACGCCCUGCUACGCUGCAUCCUGUCCGGAGGAAAAGAUAGAGAAGAAAGAAAGCAGAAAGCAACGCGGGUGCGGGUAGAUUGACUGCAGCCAAACAUAACCUCACUCCAAGUCCAAGAACUAAUUCCUUGUGCAACUUUUAAGUGUGUUGCUGACGUACUACGUAUUCAAACCUGUUUAAUAAUGGACCUGAAGUGUGACAUUUGCUUCCUCAAAUUUGACUUGGACGCCCACCGUCCCAAAAACUUGCCCUGUGGACACACAAUUUGCAAGGAAUGUGUUGAAAAUCCUUCCUUAGGGAAGAAGUGCCCAACUUGCAGGAAGGCAUUUAAGAUACGCCGACUUGAGGACCUCCCCGACAGCUUUAUAACAAUCCGGCAUCUGGAAAACGAGGACGUCCCACCCCGCAAGAAGCCCAGGACCGAGGACCCAGAGCUGCAGCAGCUACAGCGGGGCGCGGACGCGGGGCGGAAGGUGGUUGAGAUGCUGCGGCUGGUGGUUCCUCUAGCGGUCGAGUCCCUGAACCGCCAGCUGGAGUCGUCGGUCGCCCAGCUCGGCCAGGUGGAGGAGGCCCUGGAGAGGCGGGUGCAGCGGGAGGCGGCCGGCGAUGUGGGCACCCCGUCGGACGCCGUGGAGGAGCCGCUGCAGCUGGCCGAGCAGCUGGAGGCCAGCCACCGCCUGCUCACCUCCACCAAGUGCACCGUCGCUGCCGAAGAGGAGGGUGGCUGCGCCUGGACGGCCUCUGUGCAGCCCGGCGGGUGCGGCGACAUCCUGCGCGUCCUGCUGCUGCGGCUGCGGGCGGACGGCCAGCUGGGAAAGGUUGACGACGCCAUCGCCGUGCCUGACGGCCCUGCUGCGGCUCACGUGGGGCCGCCUCUGAUCUCCGUCCUCACGAUAAAUGACAACCACCUCCACGAUGGUCGUCUGAAAGUGAGUGACAUUCUUCGUGACAUCCCGAAGCAAUGGCACACCCCUCGCAGCCUGAAGAACUUAAAGGGCGUCGGCUCUGAGGGCUUGCUUCGGGUCAUGGGGGCGCACCUCGAGGAGCUGGUGACCUCGGGUGAUGUUCAGCCCAGCGUCAUGGAGGAGGUGCGGAAGAUGCCGGGACUCAGAAGACUGUCAGUUAAAUGCGCUAAUGAUGAGGGCCACCCAGACCUGCCGUUGCAGCUGGAGGAGCUCAUCAUUAACAAAAUAACUGAGAAGCAGCUUCGUUGUUUGGAGUACAUGCCCAGACUGCGCAGCUUGGGGGUGUACAAUUACCAUGGUCCGAAUCUAACUUUUCCCACCUCGCAACAUGGCAGGCUGCUGUGGCUAGGCGUGUGCUUCGAUACUGACCACAAGCCAACCAUGCUGUCCCUGAUUCGCGCCCAUGCCUCAUCUCUGCAGGAGCUCCGUGUACGACUCUGCACCUUCUCGGCCGAUGGCAACUCCUACCACUUCCCGGACCUCGGCCAGGAGCUGGCGGGUUGCGGCCUUCUCGCCUUGCGGCGGCUCGUCCUUGUACGUCCUGUGAAUAAUCCGUGCACAGGCCAGUCUCCUGAAUGCGUGUUGCAGCGGAGAACUAUUCGAAGCGAAUUCACCACGUCUGUCGACGUGGUUUGCAAGUCGUGCCACACACCGGAAUUCUAGUUGAAUGGCCGUAAUAUGACUUAUGACGCGUCAAUGCAGCGAUUCCCAUAAGCCCAUUAGCCAUUCCCAUGGAGCUUAACUUUUAAGCGUUCAAAACCCCUGCUACAACUAAUUUUUAAACCUCUGAAAUGUUCUAAAAAUUAUGUUGUUCUUCUUUUAAAAACUUUAAGGUACUUGUCCAGUUUUGUCAAUUAAACUUAAUGUAAAAGUAA